AGCGAAAGAGCGAGCGAGAGAGAGGUAGCUAGAGAGAGAGCGCGAGCGCCAGAGAGAGGGAGACGUAUAUAGCGCGAGCGGGAGGAACAGAGCACAACGUAUACGGUCUCCGCCUAUACACCGUCACAACGUCGCGCUCGAGGCCAGCGGGCGGCGGGAUCACAGAGCAGUAGCUUCACGAGACGUGAAGCCGUGAAGGGAUCCGUCAACCUCGCGCGUGUCAACCUCACCGACUUGGUGGAAAUGGACUCCCCGUGAAACCGGAGGUGGAGGGGAGAGGCGGACCGGCGGGGGGUGGGGGGACUUACGAGAGCACUGGAGGAAAAAAGCGGAGAAAGAACAACAAAAGCGACGCCGCCGCGAGGAGCGCGUGCUGUAACCAUGAGCGGCUCGCGUCGCGCGCCGGGGCUGCUACUGCUGCCGUCGCCGCGUUUCCCGCGGACCGUGUCGUGAGGUGUGGCUCGCGACGCCCGGGGUUCUGUCAUUCGAAGCGACACUCUGCGAGGAGGAGAGGUGGUGGUGCUGCUGGUGGAGGUGGUGGUGGCGGAGGUGGAGGUGGUGGUGGUGGUGGAAAAGAUGUCCGCCUCGGUGGGGCCCCAGAGUGGCCCGCGCCCACCCGCCGCGCAGCCCUCCAUGGCAGACAUGCCGGACCUCAGUCAUCUCACGGAGGAGGAGAGGAAAAUCAUCAUGGCGGUGAUGGACCGGCAGAAGGAGGAGGAGGAGAAGGAAGACGCCAUGCUCAAGACGCUGCAUGAGCAGUUCAAGAGCUACAAACAGGAAGUGCGCCGCAUCGGGGCCGAGUCCCGGCGGCAGCAGGCCCAGCAGAAGGACGACGCGCCCACCUGCGGCAUCUGCCGCAAGACCAAGUUCGCCGACGGCUGCGGCCACCCCUGCUCCUACUGCCAGACCAAGUUCUGCGCCCGCUGUGGCGGAAGAGUCUCCCUGCGCUCCAACAAUGAGGACAAAGUGGUCAUGUGGGUAUGCAACCUCUGCCGUAAGCAGCAGGAGAUUCUCACCAAGUCAGGAGAAUGGUUUUCUGGACCGGGGGUCCGUCCUACCAGCGCCAACCUGAACGACCGCACCAGCGUGGGCGCUGAGGGUGCCCGGGACAGGAAGAUGCUGCGCUCCCGGUCGGUGGCGCAGCCGUCCUCCGCCUCCAACGCCAACGCCAACUCCAGCCCCCCCGACGGGCCUCAGGCACCCAACGCCGUCAACGCGGCGGGCAAGGGCGUCGACGCCGCGGUCAACUCGCGGUCCCAGAGCGAGCCGCCCCGAGACAAGAAGCGGCCGGUGUCGCUGCAUGAGCAGAACGGUAAGCCCAGCGCGGGGCGUGGCGGCGGCGGCGGCGGCGGCGGCGGCGGCGGCGGCGGCGGCGGCGGGGGGAGCGGGCGCCGGCCCGGGGGGAAGCUGCCCGGCCAGACCUCCCUAGAGGACCGCCCCUCCCACCGUGGGGAGCGGGGCGGCGGCGGCGAGGGCCGCUGGAGCGCCGACGGCCGGCGUCUGGAGAAGAUCCACUCGCAGGACUACGACGAGGGCAAGGACGACGCGGACCGGGAGAAGCGCGAGCGGCAGCGGCGGGAGGAGGAGUUCCAGGCGCGGUACCGCAGCGACCCCAACCUGGCCCGCUACCCCGUCAAGCCCCAGAAGGAGGAGCAGGAGAUGCGCAUGCACGCCAAGGUGUCCAAGGUGCGGCACGAGCGGCGCCACAGCGACCAGGCCAUCAACGAGGUGGGGCUGGGGCCCGGCGACGGAGGCGGGGGCGGAGGGGGGGGCGGGCACUCGGGGGACAUGCCGGAGCACCGCCUCCGCAGGAGGUACUUCGGGUCGGACGGCAAAGGCCCCCCCGAGAACGACUGGGCGGGCUACGAGGGCGAGAGGGGGGCGGCGCCGGCGGGAGGCGGCCCGCCCAGAGCGGGGUCGGUGUCUCCGGAUUGGGGGGCGACCAAGGGGCGGCAGGAGCCGGCGGGUCCGACCAGGGCGCCCCGGGGGGAGAAGGGCGGCGGCAGCGGUGGCGGCGGCGGUGGCGGCGGGGGUAGCGGCGGCGGCGGCGGCGGCGGAGGCAGCAGCAGGGACGGCCUGCUGAGGAAGGACUCCCAGAGCUCUGACCAGUCGGAGACUCUGCGCCCGCCCCCGCCACGGCCGUACAAGAGCAAGCGAGGCGGCCACAAGAGGCAGAUGUCCAUCAGCAGCUCGGAGGAGGAGGGCGGCUCCACGCCCGAGUACACCAGCUGCGAGGACGUGGACAUGGAGAGCGUCAGCGAGAAAGGCGAUUGGGACUGCUAUCCUCUUGAUCCUGCCGUAUGGCAUCACCCAGUGACGUGGCUGCAGUCUAAGGAGGGUGACCAGAUGAUCGGACGCAUCACUCUCAGCAAGCGGUCGGCCAUGCCCCGGGAGGCCGGCUCCCUGCUGGGCCUCAAGGUGGUGGGGGGCAAGAUGACAGCGAUGGGCCGACUGGGGGCCUUCAUCACUAAAGUAAAGAAGGGAAGCCUUGCAGAUGUUGUGGGCCAUCUGAGAGCGGGCGACGAAGUACUGCAGUGGAACGGGAAGUCGUUGCCGGGAGCCACCAAGAAAGAGGUAUACAACAUCAUCCUGGAGUCGAAGGCCGCGCCCCAGGUGGAGAUAGUGGUGUCCAGACCCGUAGGCUCUAUCCAUCGAAUUAUAUCCAAAAACGUCUUGAGAAAAGUGUGUAGAGCCUAUGAAGUUAUUCCGAGAAGUCCCGAAUCGUCCCACCCUCCUUUAGAAUCGACUGGCUCCAGUUCGUUUGAGUCCCAGAAGAUGGACCGUCCCUCCAUUUCAGUGAUGUCUCCCACCAGCCCAGGGACCCUGCGAGACCACCCGCAAAUACUGCCGGGACAGCUCUCUGUGAAGCUGUGUUACGAUAAGGUGGGCCAUCAGCUGAUUGUCAACGUCCUUCAAGCCAUAGACCUGCCGCCGCGGCCCGACGGUCGACCUCUGAACCCCUACGUCAAGAUGUACUUCCUCCCCGACAGAAGCGAUAAGAGCAAGCGGCGGACGAAGACGGUGAAGAAGAGUGUGGAGCCCAAAUGGAACCAGACCUUCCUGUACUCCCACGUCCACCGGAGGGACUUCAGGGAGCGCAUGCUGGAGAUCACCGUGUGGGACCAGCCCCGCGUGCAGGAGGAGGAGAGCGACUUCAUGGGGGAGAUCCUGAUCGAGCUGGAGACGACCGCCCUGGACGACCUUCCUCACUGGUACAAGCUGCAGAGCCACGACGUAUCCUCCCUGCCUCUUCCUCAGCCCUCGCCAUACCUGCCGCGCAGACACCUGCAUGGAGACAGCCCCAGCAAGAAACUGCAGAGGUCCCAUCGCAUCAUUGAUACUGAGUUUGAUGAUGGUGCGGAGCGCAGCUCCAGGGAGCGUGAGAGGGGCAGCAGCACCCUGGAGGUCCCGGAGCAGCAGAGACCCCCGCAGCACCGCUCGCGCUCCGUCUCCCCCCACCGGGAGGACUCCUGCAAGGCCCGCUCCAGACCCGCACACGUACCCAUGCAGAGGAGCCUGGACGAGAUCCACCACAACCGCAACCACUCCCUGUCCCCGGCCCGUUACCAUGACACCCACCUGGAGCGCCAGCGUUCCGGGGACUCGGACUACGAGUACUCCGAGGACAGUGAGGUCCUGGAGACGCACAGGUCUAUCCGGGGCGGGAGUGCUGAGUGCCUGCACACAAACAGCAGGGGCGUGGGUAGACACAGCAGCCACACGUUGCCUCCCAAAAUGCCCCUGCUCGUUAACGGUAUCCAUAAAGGCAUUUACAGCUCCACGCUGCCCGUGUGCCUAAAGGCCAAGGCGGCCGGGGUGUGUGGUAGGCAGGAGGCCGCUAGCGCCGGGCCGCGCCCUCUCCUCCCCCAACGCGUGCUCAGGUUCACUGACGAGGUCCCGGGCAGUGACCUGCAGCCGUCACUGGACAGAGUGAGGAGCGCCAGCACCACCUGCCUCAGACCAGACAACAACUACCACAACACAGACAGAGACAGGUGCUCUAACUCUCUGCCCCGGAGGCGUCCCCCCAGUCCCAGGAUCCUUAUAGAGCAGGCCUCCCUAGAGGAAGAGAGGCAGGCAGCCAAUGGCGCCCAGCCAAACGGCCACAGAAGCAGCAAGAAAGCCCUGGAGGGGGACAGAGCGAACUCCCACGGCACCUCUCCUACAGGGUCUCCCUCGUCAGGACGCAGGGGCAGGCAGCUGCCACAACUCCCUGCCAAAAGCAGCAGCAUCGAGCAAGAACGCGUAGCUAUUAAACCAGCCCUUGCGGCAGAGGAGCGAGCCCGACUGGUGAAGAUGAAAGUACAUUCCUACCGGCCCUCGGCCCCCCCGGGCCCCGAGACGGACCUCAAGACCAAACGCGAGAUGUACGCUGAGAGGAGGCGCAGCAGUGACAACAUGUCCGCCCGGUCGUCAGACAGCGAUAUGAGCGACCUGUCGGCCAUGUCUCGCGCCAGCAGCAUCUCCCGCCUCAGUAGCACCAGCUACAUGUCCAUCCAAUCAGAGCGACCCAGGGGCCGACUCAGGUCCAAGUCGUUGGAGGAUGAGAAGAAGGACAGGAGGAUCUCGUGGGGGGUGAACGGGAUGGAUGAGGGGAGCAGGAGGUCGGCGGGGAAGAGGCGCUUCUCCCAGGAGCUGAAGCGCCGCCGACACACGGUGACCGGAGAGACGGAGGAGUCCAGCCGUCAGAUGCGGGCGUCUGCGGGCCGCACCAUGCUGAAGAGCUCCAGCGUCAGCGGGGAGAUCUACGCCCAGGAGCGCACCGACGGCAGCCAAUCGGACACGGCGCUGGGCACGGUGGGGGGCGGGGCCAAGAAGCGGCGCUCCAGCUUCAGCGCCCGCGUGGUCGCCAUCGUGGGCAACCGCCGCAGCCGCAGCACCUCCCAGAUCAGCGGCCCCGAGGGGAAGAGUAAGAAGGAGAAAGGCGCGCCCAUCCAGCGGAGCACGGAGACUGGGAUGGCCGUGGAGCUGAGCCGGAACAUGAGCCGGCAGCCCAGCCGCGAGUCCAACAACGGCAGCAUGAACAGCUACAACUCGGAGGGGAAUUUGAUCUUCUCCGGGGUGAAUCUGGGGGCCAACAGUCAGUUCAGCGACUUUCUGGACGGCCUGGGACCGGCUCAGCUCGUUGGCCGGCAAACGCUGGCCACGCCCGCCAUAGGUGACAUCCAGAUCGGCAUGAUGGACAAGAAAGGCCAGCUGGAGGUGGAGGUGAUCCGGGCACGAGGCCUCGUCCAGAAGCCUGGCUCCAAGUCCCUUCCCGCGCCGUACGUCAAGGUCUACCUGCUGAACAACGGGGCCUACGUCGCCAAGAAGAAGACCAAGAUUGCGAGGAAAACGCUGGACCCGUUGUACCAGCAAGCGCUGCAGUUUGAGGAGAGCCCGCAGGGGAAGGUGUUGCAGGUGAUCGUCUGGGGGGAUUACGGACGCAUGGACCACAAGAGCUUCAUGGGAGUUGCACAAAUCCUAUUGGAGGAGCUGGACUUAUCGAGCACCGUGAUUGGUUGGUACAAGUUGUUCCCACCUUCCUCCCUGGUGGACCCCACGCUAGCCUCCCUCACCAGGCGGGCUUCCCAGACCUCUCUGGACAGCUCUUCCGGGCCCCCGGGGGUCCGGUCGUAGGGCCCCCCCCCCCCCCCCCCCCCCACCGUAAGACUUUGAUGAUGAUGAAUUCAAAAUACUUGGACGUACUGUAGACAAAGAAGAAACAAAUACAUAUUUAAAAAAAAAGCUAAAAACAGCCAGUGGUGACUACGUAGAACAACAACAAUCAGAAUCAGAGUCGCAAUGAGAAAGCUUUGUUGAGAUCUGACAAUCACUCCUGUCUCGUUUUAAGUUCUUCUGCCGUAGGAAGCUCUGCAUUUUGAUUUUUUUGUGUCAUUUCAAGGCUAGAUUUCAUACUCUGUUUGUAUGGAAGACUCCCUGGGGCUGUUGCACUCGGCGACCCCCCGCCCCCCGGGCGUGGGUUAAAAAAAAAAAGGCACAAGUUGCAGUUAGUAGAGACGGGAUUAUUCAAAUAAAAGCAGGGUGGUUCGAUUCCCAUUUCAACAAUAAAGGAAAAACGUCUGCAAACGUGGGAUUGUGUGGAAUGUAUGGACCUGGGAAACAGGAGGCAAUCACCCUCCGAGCCUGCAGGGGGCACUCUCCGGUCCCGGUCUGCAGUGGCCUCCUCCUCCUCCUCCAGUAACACAAUGAAUAAAGACUGCCGGCAGGUUGCCUUUUCUGUAGGGGCGUGUUGCGUUGAAGCACAGGGCCUUCAUCUGGUGCCUAGACCUUCGAGCUGCAGCACUGGUCCUCGUUUUCGUGUCGGAAAAAAAGAUCUGUUUUCAGUAUGUUUACCAUAGGGGGCGUGGCCUCCUCUCUCUGGCCCCGCCCCCUCUCUGUUUUAGUGUUUUUACUUUCAUGUUUCCUCCUCUUCUUUGUUACUCCUUGCACAAAAAUGUUUUUCAAAACUCGUAAAAUUGUCCAUGGUUGUGUUGUCGGUCUGACGUGUGCAUGAAGAAGAAGAAGAAGAAAAAAAAAGCAAGUGAUGAAAUGGAAAAAACUAAAAAAUACUACAACUCAAAGAUUGACUUCUGCAGAUGUACCCGCCCACAUGUAUUGCAGGGGGAGGAGUCUGAUGGGCGCACAUCUUAACUUUCUACACGAUUAUGAGAUUAGCGUGCAAUGUUGUUUUUUCUUUUUCUACUGGCCAACGCUCCAGUCGUCUUUGUAUAGAUGUACAAUAGGCCUCGACGGAGGUGACCAAUAAAAUAGAUUUUAUUGCCACGAGGGAAUCACCUUACUGUACAAGCAUAUAUCUAUGUUCACUCUUGCAAGAACAAAAAGGGGGUAUACCUUUUUGGUUUUGUUUUUCGAGGCGAGUCGACCCCUUAACCCUUCGCACAUGUUCAGGAUUUGUAUCCUAUCUUCGGUUUACAUUGUUUUGAGAUUUAACGGCAAGCACAAGAGCUUGAUUUUUUAUGACAAACAUCUAACUUUUUGAAGAAAACAAUGAGAAAAAAGACAAAAAAAAACAAAAAUAAUCCAAUGCCCAUUUUUUGGUUCGCUAUAUUUCCUCUUUAUGUAUAAUUUGGAAAAACAAAAGGAAAGAAAAAAAAAAAGGAUUGCUGACAAUGUCCUAAUGUGCAUCUCUGCGAAUGUGCAAGUAACCAAUCAAAUCAAUCUGUCAGGACACUCUCGACCAAUGAUCAUCCUCCCCUGGACUCACAGACCUGGAAUAUUGGGAGCCGGCAUGACUUUGGACCGCCCCCCCCACCCCCCCCCCCCCCCCCCCCCCCCUUCCAAACUGCAUGCACAUUUUUUUAUGAAACAAAAACAGUUAGUUCAGAGAGAAAAGAAUACCUACUGAACUACAUACAUGUGUUAUUUCCACAUACGGUAGGCCGGCUUGUAUGUUGCAUGCAGUUGUACAGUUUGCUCGUCCUCGAAUAUUACAUUUGAAAAAAACAAAACAAGACAGAAGCCAUUCCCGAAAGUCAUCCUGCGAAGACAUUCGAAAUACAGCUGCAGUCUAGUCCACGUCUCUCUCUCUCUCUCUCUCUCUCUCUCUCUCUCUCUCUCUCUCUCUCUCUCUCUCUCUCUCUCCCUCUCUCUCUCUAUCUCUUGCUCUCUAACUCUUUCUCUCUCUCUACCACUUUCUGUCGCUGUCUCUCUCGUGCGCUCCUCCUGCUAUCUUAAUCUUCUCCCUCACUGUCCCUGUCUCUCUACCUAUUUCUUUACCUCUUUCUCUCUCUCUACCUCUCUUUCUCUACCUCUCUCUUUCUCUCUCUAUCUUUCUACAUCUCUCUAUCUCUCUCUGUCUUUCUAAGUCUCUCUGUCUCUCUCUGUCUCUCUCUGUCUGUCUCUCUCUGUCUCUCUGUCUCUCUCUGUCUCUCUCUGUCUCUCUGUCUCUCUGUCUCUCUCUGUCUCUCUCUCUCUCUCCAUUCCGGUGCUGAAUGUCUCAAACAACUCAAGAUUACGUUGAUGUCUUCUCCCCUACUCUACGGCAGUCGUACUGUAACGUACAGUCGUUCUAAACAGACCUCACUGCUUCCCUACUGUUAACCCACAUCAUAGUAUACCUCUACAGGCCCGGGGAGAUGUAUGCAUAUCAUUCUAUAUAUAUAUAUAAAUACUAUAUUUUAUUUAUAUAUGGGAAAAUAUCCAGUAUGUCUCACCAGAACGAUUUAUUUCAGAUAAACAGAACUGAAAACGAACUAAUCGAUUUAUUGAAAGCGCGACUGCAGAUGCACACAAAGAUGUAAAUACCCGGCAGCCAUCCGUGGACUACAGUGAUAUCUGCAGAGGGUCUAUGGCGCAGAACGUUGAUCCCGACACAUCUCUGGGGAGCAGGGAGUGUGUCCUCUGAGCGUUUGAACAGCGCCUGGCCCCGGCCUGAUGGCUCCCAGAUCUCUCCAACCUAAACAUUGACCACUUAGGCCAUAGAAGUCGCUGGUGUAUCACCACCCUAAAAUCUGUUGUGUCAACACUUCCUUGUGCUUUAAACCCCAAUGUCUUUUCCUAACCCGAGUCAUGGUACCCCCCCCCCCCCCCCCCCCCCCUGUAAAGGAGAUUAUUUUCUCAACAUCAGAUGAGGCUGUUUGUUUUUUUUGGGAUUAUAAUUACCGUCAAAUCUUCUUUUUUUUUACUUUUCUUUAUCAGUGUUAUUGGGAAAAAUGCUGAUUGUUUACAAUUCAUGUGUUCCACUGAAACAACAACGAAAAAGAAAAUAAGUAUUCACUGCAACAUUUCUUGUUUGUAUGACAGAUGUCGCUCAGAUGAUGUGUAUGUUUUAUAUUUUAAAAAAAAGUUCAUUUUUAUUAUUUACAAAUAAAAGAAUGUGUGGAAGAAAUGA